GCUAAAAUGGGUUCAAUCAGCUUUUGGAUGUGCUUGGUCAUGACGAUUUGCACCUGGAAUAAAACCAUCGGAUGCACAUGGAUGAAGACACUGCCUCGGUCUCCGAGCAUGUUCCAAGUGUUCAGCAACAACACCAUAACGAUGCUUCAGAAAAUGGGUCAUGAUGUCUCUCGAGGACCUCAGAUCACUUUCCCUGACAAACAAUACAGACAAGUCAAUAAUUUCAAGGCUGACGAACAGAUUGCCUUCAUUUCGCAUACUCUGAACGCUAUAAAGAAAUUGUACAGCAGUGGUAAAUAUGAGUCCACCGCCUGGGACCAGAAAGGAGUUGACAAGUUUAUGAAUAACCUCUAUCGCCAGACCUCGGAGCUGGACCAAUGCGUAAAGGCUAUGAAAACUAGACUAUCAAAGUCUGUCAACAGAGUGAACAAAAAGAUGAGCCUUCACUUCAAGUUCCUGAAGCAUUACUUGAAACGCGAGGAUUACAGCGCAGGCGGCUGGGAAGACAUAAGGACAGUGGUGCUGGCACACCUACAAAGACUAGACACAACAUUAAGUAGCCAAUGAGCGUUAUGUGUGUGUUGUGUAGAUAUUUGUUAUUUAUAUAUCUAUUUAUCUAUUCUUAUAUCUAACUAUUUUUUUUACAUGUUUACUUAUUUGUUUUUUUUUAACGUAUUUAUUUAUUGUGUAGUCAUGUAUUCACAACUCCGAGGAGUAAAUCAUUUUUUUAUUCUGAAUAGUUAUGUGAUUAACUUAGGCUAUACAUAGCCUAAUGUAUCAAUGUUUCCGUGCAUUUUUUUUGUAUUAAUGAAGGCCAUUGCAGACUG